AACUACGAGACCUUCCACUAUCAUCUUGUUCCAUCCACUAUUACAAUCAGCAAGCCCUUCAUACUUGUUUAAGCCGAGCUACCAUGUCUACCUCAAAGUCUUCAAAGAUCAAUAUUGUCCUAGGAGUAGCAAACGUCGGUGACGGCAAUGCUGACCCCAUGGUACGCUUCCACGAGCCAAGCGACGUCAUUGCCUUUCUAAAUGCCUUCACCAAACGAGGAUAUACCCAAAUUGACACUGCACGCAUCUACUCACCUCAUGCGCCUGGUACAUCCGAGCCAAAGAUCGGAGCCAUUCCUGAGAAGAACUUUAUCAUUGACACAAAAGUUAAUUCGUUUCAUGACGGGGCUCAUUCCAAGGAGAACAUCCUCAAAGACAUUAAUGAUUCUCUGAGUGCCUUGAGAAUCCAGCAGAUCAAUAUCGAGUAUUUGCAUCAGCCUGACCGGGCGACUGACCUUGAAGAAGCCUGCGAAGCCAUGGACCAGGCCCAUAAAGAAGGAAAGAUCAAGUACUGGGGUAUCAGCAAACACACGGCUCAAGAGGUCGAGACUAUCGUCAAGAUUUGUCAGGAACACGACUUCGUCAAGCCCAGCGUUUAUCAAGGAGAGUAUAAUCCGAUUUCAAGGUCCGCCGAAAAGGAACUUUUUCCAAUCUUGCGACAACACGGCAUCGCGUUCUAUGCUUUUAGUCCAGCUGGAGCUGGAUUCUUUGCUGGCAACCAUAAGAAUGUUCGACCUGGCGGCCGCUUUGAUCAAUCCCUUUUCCUUGGAGGUCUAUACUCUGACCGCUAUCUCAAACCCUCCAUUUCGGAGGCCACGGAGAAAGCGCUGGCUGCAGCUUCUCGACACGGGAUUAGCGGCCAUGCAGCGGCUCUUCGGUGGACCGCUCACCACGGAUCUUUGAGCAAAGAGCUAGGUGAUUCUAUCAUCAUUGGUGCAUCGAGCUUGGAGCAGCUGAACUCUAACAUUGAUGCGAUUGAGGAUGGGCCGCUGCCUGAUGAUGUAGCAGACGCUCUUGGAGCUGUCUAUGCGGAGAUUGGGGAUAUUCUUCCAUAUCAUGUGUAA